CUAGGCUCCACUUUUAUAAUACCUUUUACAUUUCUUCAUCACAGUAUCAAACUUGUCUUCUAUCUCUCUUUUUCACAUCCUCUGCAUAUAUUCCUCCUCAAUCCUUUCUAAGUGUUACUUUUUGUUCUAUCAAGCUUUUUGAUCAGUUUCUUAGUUUUUCUCUCUCUCUUUUUUUUUUUUUUUUAUCACUCUCAAAAUGAUUGACUUAUAGAUUUCUGAUCCAAAGCUUAAGUUAGUAUAGUUUCAUUGAAUUCUCAUCUGGGUUCAACCUGUUUGGUGUUUGGACUGAACCAGUUUCUAAUAGCGGUGUGUAUCUGCCACACACACACACACACAAAAAGCCAACUUUUGUUCUUUGUUUCUUUGUAAUAGUACUUUGGAUUUGAGAAUCUAGAUAUGGGUUCUUGUCUAAGUAAAGGUAAAGAUUCUGAGCCAGAACACAAUGGUUAUAGACAAGCUGGGUCUGGUGGUGUUCACAACCAGAAGACUCAUGAACCUUUGGUCAACCAAUCAAGAGUACCUGCAAAUCAGCCUUAUCAGUUACCUGAAAAGCAUGCUGCAUCAACUACUCAAACAGUGCCUCAGACACCAUGGAAGCCUUCUGUUCCUGCACCAAGUCCAAAACCUGUUAAGCAAGACACAAUCCUUGGGAAGCAAUUUGAGGAUGUGAAACAGUUCUAUACACUUGGGAAGGAAUUGGGUAGAGGGCAAUUUGGGGUAACAUAUCUAUGCACUGAGAAUUCAACUGGGUUGCAGUAUGCUUGCAAGUCCAUUUCAAAGAGGAAACUUGUAAGCAAAUCUGAUAAAGAAGAUAUAAAGAGGGAGAUUCAGAUUAUGCAGCAUUUGAGUGGUCAACCAAACAUUGUUGAGUUCAAAGGUGCUUAUGAGGAUAAGCAUUCAGUUCAUGUUGUGAUGGAGCUUUGUGCAGGUGGUGAACUUUUUGAUAGGAUUAUUGCUAAGGGGCAUUAUAGUGAAAGAGCUGCUGCAUCAAUAUGCAGACAAAUUGUUAAUGUUGUUCAUAUCUGCCAUUUCAUGGGUGUGAUGCACAGGGAUCUUAAGCCAGAGAAUUUCUUGUUAUCUAGUAAGGAUGAAAAUGCACUUCUCAAGGCAACUGAUUUUGGCUUGUCCGUUUUCAUUGAAGAAGGAAAGGUGUAUAGAGAUAUAGUUGGGAGUGCUUACUAUGUUGCUCCAGAAGUUCUACGCCGUAGAUGUGGGAAGGAAAUAGAUAUAUGGAGUGCAGGAGUCAUAUUGUAUAUCCUACUCAGCGGUGUCCCUCCAUUUUGGGCUGAGACUGAAAAGGGAAUAUUUGAUGCCAUAUUGGAAGGUCAUAUUGAUUUUGAAAGUCAACCGUGGCCUAAAAUUUCAAGCAAUGCCAAGGAUCUUGUUCGAAAGAUGCUUAUACAGGAUCCAAAGAAACGCAUUACCUCUGCUCAAGUUCUUGAACACCCGUGGAUUAAAGAUGGAAAUGCUCCAGACAAGCCAAUAGACAGUGCAGUCCUUUCCAGAAUGAAGCAAUUCAGAGCUAUGAAUAAACUAAAGAAACUUGCCCUGAAGGUCAUUGCUGAGAACAUGUCUGCAGAAGAGAUCCAAGGUUUGAAGGCAAUGUUUACAAAUAUGGACACUGACAAGAGUGGUACAAUCACCUAUGAAGAACUGAAAGCAGGAUUGCAAAGACUUGGCUCAAAGCUUACUGAGGCUGAAGUGAAGCAGCUUAUGGAAGCUGCUGAUGUUGAUGGAAAUGGCUCAAUUGACUAUAUAGAAUUCAUUACUGCUACAAUGCAUAGACACAAGUUAGAAAGAGAUGAUCAACUUUUCAAGGCCUUCCAAUAUUUUGAUAAAGACAACAGUGGGUAUAUUACAAGAGAUGAAUUGGAAACAGCCAUGAAUGAAUAUGGUAUGGGUGAUGAAGCCACAAUCAAGGAAAUUAUAUCUGAAGUUGAUACAAUUAUAUCUGAAGUAGAUACAGAUCAUGAUGGUAGAAUCAACUAUGACGAAUUCUGUGCAAUGAUGAGGAGUGGAAAUCAGCAAGCCAAGCUAUUCUAAAACACACAAUCUCUAACCAGUAUGAGUUUCCGAUAUCCAAGACCCGCCUAGGGACAAGGUUUAUACUUCUGAGAAGUACUUCCAAAAGUUUAUACCACUCGUAGGCAUGUAAAGAUUCUGUUUAGAAUGUUUUUUGAGUUAUGAUGUUCCACAUGACUUUUGAUCAACUCUCUUGUUUCAUUUUUGGUUUCUUUUUCCUUUUCACUGACAUUUUAUUUGAGUCCUCUGAAUUUGUUUUGGACACUGAAGUAUACUCACAUAGCAAAGUUGUUAUCUCAAUAAGUUAUACAAGUUUUUGCACUUGAAAUCCUAUACCACUAUUGUUUAUUAAGGAUUGCAAGCUACGAGAGUAGUUUAAUGGUUAAAUCAAACCUUG